AAACUUUUCUCUUUACUUCUUAGAUGGAGUCUUCAGGAACUGUAUUCACAUGAACCACAGGGUAUGACUUCUUCCUCUGCCUCCGAUCUUUUUGGGGCUCAGGAGCCUGUUCUACCCUGCUGUGACUGUCAGAAGGCACAACAUUUCCCUGACCACAGCUUCUCCUCUGGAUCGUCAGGAAACAACUCCAGCUUGUCUCACCUUCCUGUCUCGUCUGAGGGGACAAGCUGGCCACUCCAGAGCCAGAUCUCGAUUCUGCCCCAAAAGCAACCUCCUGGGUUCAGGAGCCAGGGCACAUCCCUGCCUUCUUCUCAGCACUCAGAGCUUGGGAAAUCAAAACUCCUUCAGGCUAUGGAAGCUCUUUCACCCUCAAGACCUCAACGCACUUUUAUCAAAACUGCUUUUGAAUCCCAAAAUCUCUGCAAACAACAGAAAUCAAGGGGUGAGAGAAGGAGCAAGGUUCAUUUGAUAUCAGAUCAUGGGCAAAGUUCUAUUUCCAAGGACAGGCCACAAUUCCCACGAUGGGCUCUGAAUAGGUUCUCUCCUUUUGCUAGGAGGGAGUUAGAGGAACACAUGACUUGGAAAGUUUAUACUUUGCAGAAACAAACUGUGCCUCUGCAAGUGAGGAAAUCAUGGGCGAUGGUUUAUGAUCUCACUGAGGUAUAAGGAGGAGUCCCUGAGCCGGAGAAACCCCCACUCUUGCUACUGAUGUCCAUGCAUCAAAGCACUGAGCAAAGUAUAAACAAUAGGUCCCCAGACCUUCCAUCACUUCAUCUCCAUGAGCAUAUCAGAGCGGAAUCUGGAUUACGUGGCACAGAAACAAAACUUUCCCAGUCACUCAUCCUGGGUAAUGUGUCACAACCUGGGGAGGGCCCCCAAAUCCUUGGAUUCAGGCCCGUGGUUACAUCAGUGGGCGCUCCAUCGCCCAAAGAUUUAGGAGUUCACAUAAUUAAAGAGGAAGUCACUUUCCGGCAGAAGGAUCCAAAACAUAGGCUAGAGCUUAGUACAGAGCAGGGGGCCACAGGUCUUCCAGAGGAAAAGACACAACAGCCUACGGGCCAAGUGACUGAUGUGGAGUUGACCCCAAGGCGACCAUACCAAGUUACAGGCGGCAGACAGGUAACUCCACUGGCACUGAGUAAAGCCGUGGAUUCAAUGGGGAUCAUCCCAGAGUCACACUCAGAAGUGACAGAACCAGUGGGUUUGUUCCCACAGCCACCAAAUGAACUUGUGAAACCAAUGGGAGCCAUGGAAAAAGUGAGGGUGAGUCCACAACUAUCACACCAAGUCACAGAAUCAGUGGAGGCCACCCCAUGGCUUCAGCAACAAGUUAUGCAAUUAAAGACGAUGACCCCAGUACCACCAAACCAGGUCAAAGGUAACGUGACAGUAACUCCUGAAGCAUUGCUUCAAGUCAUGGAUUCUAUGGGGAUCAUUGAAAAACUACAUCUUUAUAGAGAAUCAGUGGGAAUGACCCCAAGACCACAAUACCAAGUCUGUGAGUCAGUGAAAAUCAACACGUUGGAUCAUCAAGUCAUAAAGCACAAGCCACAUUUUCAAAAAUUUUCAGAGGUGACUCCUGGGCCAGGCUAUCAAGACACAGAAAAUAUGACGCUGUCUUCUGAUGCUUACGUCCAAGUGGCAUUAACACCAAAACCAAACCAAGGGCUCCCGGUUGAAAAUAUGAAAUCUGUUUUGUCCACUGUGGGACCACAGUGUCACAGCACAACAUCUGUGAAACUGACUUCAGAGCUACAGUUUCAAGGUGUGAAGUCUGAGGAGGAACUGAACCUACUGCCAGGGCAGCAAGAUGUCAAGUUUUCUGAAUUCACAUCAGGGCCAAAGCUUCAAGGUGUCAAGUUUGGGGAGCAAACACCAGCAUCGAUGUUGCAUGGUGUGAAUUCCAUGGAGAUGACUCCAACGUUAGGGCUUCAAGAGUCUGAAGUAUCAAAAGUGUCUCUGGGACUUCAAGGUAUGAAACAGGCAUGUGCAGGGCCAUGGCUACAAGAUGUCAAAUCUUGUGAUCUGACAUGAAGAACUCAAGCUCAACAUGUGAAAUCUUCAGAGUUGACCCCAGAUCCAAAAAUGCCUAUGGAGUUGACCCCAGGACCUGAACAGCAAGGGAUUAAGCCUGACAUGUUACUACCAGAACCACUGUUUCAAGGUGUAAAAUGUUUAGCAGCAGAACAAAUGCCAAGCUUGGAAAGUGACAUUUCCUACAGAGUAAUCUCAGAGCCACAGAUACCAGAUGCAAAAUCUAUGGCACUGCCUCCUGGGUGACAGUUCCCGAGUAUAAACUAUUCUGAGUUGACCAGACCAUGGUUACAACAUAUGAAAUCUUCUGAAUUAUUCCAAGGAUCACCCUUAGAAGAUGUAAAACUUGUGGAGUGUGCCCCAGUUGCAAAGUUUCAAGGUAUAAAAUAUGAGGUGCAAAUCCCAGGGUCACAGCUGGGAAAUAGGAAAUCUGUUGAGUUAACCCCACCACUACAUAUGGGAGGUAGAAAAUCUAUGCACUUGAUACCAAAGCCACAACUGGGAGGUAUCAAAUCUGUGAUGUUAACCCAUGGGCCAUAGGUAGGAGGUAUGAAACAGGUGGAGUUGACCCCUUGCUCAAAAUUUCAUAAUUUGAAAUCUCAGUUGAUCUCAGGGUCAGAGCUGAAAGAUAGGAAAUCGAAGACAGCGUCUAAGACAAAUGAAAUCUGUGUGGCUAACCCCAUGUCUACAAGGUGAGAAACAUGUGGAGAUAACCUCACGGCCACGGAGAGAAGUCAAAUAUGUGAAAAUCACCCCAGAUUCCAAGCCACGAGCUGUGAAAUCUGUUGAUUUGACUCUGUGUUCAAGAACCCCAGAACUGAAAACUGUGGAGCUGGUUCCAGGAACACAACAGCAAGAAGUCAAAGCUGGGACACUGAAACUUGGGCCAAAGAGGCAAGGUGAGGAUUCUGGGCCUUCUGCACCAGGGCCAUUGCUCCAAGGGCCUCAGCUGUGAGGUGUGAAACCUGAAGAACUGACUUCAGAGCCACAAAUGCAAGAUAUGAAAUUUAUGGGGAUUGUCCCAUGCUUAAAGCUCCAAAGUUUGGGAUCUGCCGAGGAGACCCCAGAUCCCCCCAAGCUGCAGUGUGCACAAUCUGUGAAGCAGGGGGUAAAAUCUCUGAAUGGACCCAGAAGACAAAAGUCUCAGGGAAGAAAAUCUGUGGAAUUUGCCCCAAGGCAACAGUUUCAAGAGGUGGCACUGGUGAAUUUAACUCCUGGGCCAGAACAGGGUGGCGAGAGAUCUGUAAUCUCACCAGAUCAGCAAUGCGUGAAUACAGAGCAAUCACAGAGAGGGUCUAAAUCAGAAGAUGGGAAGUCUUUGGAGUUAAUUCCAGGGAGAAAAUUUAAAGGAGGAAACAGCAAACCUCAACUUUGAGUUACAGUCAAAAGAUGUGAAGUCAUCUGAAUUGGCUCCAGAAUCAAACAUAGAAGGUGUAAAACCUAAAGAGUUCAAAUGUGAACCACAAAUGCAAAGCAUCAGGUCUCCCAAAUUGGUAUCAGGACCACAGCUGCACCAAGAGACACACCCCUGAAGUAAACUUCAGAGCCACAGCUUGAAAGUAAGAGAUGUGUUCAGUGGAGACCAGGACCUGAGUCCCAAAGUGUUACAUCGAUACACAUUGGGUCACAACUUCAAGUUGUCCAAUCUGCACAGCUGAAAUUACUGUUACAUUUAAGAGAUGUGAAGUCAUCUGAACUGACUCUAGGGGUACAACAUGUAUGAAGUUCAGCCUUGGGUCACAGCUGCAAGUGUGAAAACCCCUAAGUUCUCCUGAGGACCACAGUUGAAAAAAGGGAAAUUUUUGCCAUCACCUCAGAGCCACAGCUUUAAGGUAGGAAAACUGUGGAGAGGAAUCAAGGGUCACAGCUUGGAGGUAUGAGAUCUAUUCGGUGGAGGCCUGCAUCAGAGUU